AACCUUACAUCAACCGUAAACAAAGCAGGUGAGCAGGAGGAGGUGUCUUCUCCUCCUCCGUGUCUGCUCCGCACUUGCGCCCUGCCUCCCUGCCCUUCACCUCGCCGCCCACCGGGCCUGGUUUCCUCAUCGUCAUCGCUGAUGUCUCCCUGCUGUGUCACACUCGGUCGACCGAACUCGCCACUAAAACUACAGCAGCAACGUGGUGUGCUUCCAAAGAGGACUUUAACCAAGUAAAAAAUGUGGAUUUACGAGCGACAGAUAAACCAGUGAAGCGCCACCUGUGCCGGGCGAGGAAAUGCAGGACGAAAGCGGCAAAGCGGCACCGGAGAGCCCCGCUGGAGCCAGUACGCCCACCGCGCAGAAUUCAGUACAUUUGAACGGGCACACUGUCACUAAAAAUGGCCACAACCCGACAGCUACGCCUGCACCACAGCCACAGUUUGAAUCCCGAGUCUCGAGUCCUGCACCCACUCCGACUCCAGUCAUACCGAGGGAGCAGUGGGGAGGGAAGUACGAGUUCCUGCUCUCCUGUAUUGGAUACUGCGUGGGACUGGGGAACGUGUGGCGUUUCCCCUACCUUUGUUAUCGCAAUGGAGGAGGUGUGUUUCUCAUCCCCUACUUCAUAAUGCUGUUUUUUACGGGUGUUCCACUCUUCCUCAUGGAGCUGAGUUUAGGCCAGUAUGGAGCCGCGGGCCCUAUCACUGUGUGGAAAUGCUGCCCUCUGCUCAAAGGUAUUGGCAUUGGGAUGCUGUGUGUGUCCACGCUGGUGUGUCUCUAUUAUAACGUCAUUAUAGCAUGGACGUUUUACUACCUGGGCAGCUCUUUCCAGAGCCCACUGCCCUGGUCCUGUGAAGCUAUAGCCAAUGCAGGUCUUUGUGGUAAUGGCACUACUGGCAAUGGCUCCACUAAUAAAACCCUCAGCCCCACAGAGGUUUUCUGGAAUGAGCGUGUGCUGGGUGUAGUACACAGUGAGGGCCUUCACGACCCGGGCCCUGUCCGGUGGCCCCUGGCCCUGUGCCUCCUGGCUGCCUGGAUCAUCAUCUUCCUGUGUAUGCUCAAGGGCAUCCGCAGCUCUGGCAAGGUGGUUUAUGUAACCGCUACCUUCCCAUACUUUGUGCUCAUUGUUUUGAUCAUCAGAGGUGCUACACUGGAGGGCUCUCUUCAGGGCAUUGCUUUCUACCUCACACCAGACUGGAGUCGAUUAGCUAAUGCACAGGUGUGGAACGACGCAGCCUCGCAGAUCUUCUACUCCUUAGGUAUUGGAGUCGGUGGGCUGCUUUCUAUGGCCUCUUACAAUAAGUUUGACAACAACGUCAUCCGGGACACUUUGAUUAUCACCACAGGAAACUGCACCACCAGCUUCUUCGCAGGGUUUGCUAUAUUCUCAAUCCUGGGUCACAUGGCAUGGAAGAAGGGAGUGCCUGUUCAAGAAGUGGCAGAUACAGGUCCUGGGUUGGCCUUCGUUGCUUACCCAGAGGCCCUUGCUCUGCUGCCAGGCUCGGUGUUCUGGUCCAUUAUGUUCUUCCUCAUGCUCUUUAUGCUGGGUAUCGAUACACUGUUUGGCAACAUGGAGGGCAUUACUACAGCCGUGCUGGAUGAGUUCCCGCAGCUCCGAGCGAACACGCUGCACAAGUCCUUGUUCUUGGGCGCUCUGUGUUUCUGCUUCUAUCUGAUGGGUCUCCUGUUAGUGACUGAUGGUGGGAUUUACUGGUUCACUCUCAUUGACUCCUUCAGCACUAGUUUCGGCCUCAUCAUCAUCACCCUCUUCAUGUGCAUUGGCAUCUCCUUCUUCUAUGGAGUCAACCAGUUUUGUCAAGACAUUCUUGAUAUGAUCUGCCACUGCCCUCCCUGGUGCGGCAAAGUGCUGCUUUACUUCAAAGCAUGCUGGGUUUUCUGCACUCCGUUUCUUCUGCUGUUCAUCCUGACCUACAUCUUCAUUGAGAUGUACAACACUCCACUCCACUACGGUGCCUAUGUGUAUCCACGGUGGGGCAAAGCGCUGGGCGUGUGUAUAGGCGCAACCUGCUGUCUACAGAUCCUCAUUUGGGCCAUUGUGGCCAUCAGCAAGGAAACCGGAACACUGAAAGACCGUUUCCAGAAAUCGAUUCGACCUCUGAAUUCCUGGAGGGUGAACAACUUGAACAGCGCCGCGAGGACGGAGCAGUGCAUGGAGCCCGAGAGAGUGGAUGCUCCGUUCACCGUCACGCUCACAGACAUGGACUUUACUGCGAUGACGUGGGAGGUGGGAAGCGAGGCGUGAUGGCACAGAGAGAGAGCGGUGACGAACAAACUACGUUGUUGAGAGACGGAGGAAUUUAUUAUUAUGUUAUUCCCCCCCUGCUAGGCUCUGGUGGCCUUGUUUGAACAGACUGCGUGUCCUGCAGGGCAGUGUGGAUUAAUUGCUUUAUUUAUACUAGUAUGUAUGUUUCCCAUUGUUUUUUUAAAACUUUUUUUUAUGUUGUGUAGCAUAUAAGGUUACAGCUGUAAAGAUUGGAUCAUCUUCAUCUUAGAUGGCAUAGUAAACCUCUACCGGGACUUUUGGAUGAUGAUUAUCUUGCAGCGUAUCUGCUGAUCUUAUUUAUUAUCACAGUAGCAUAGUAUAAUUAAUUCUCACUGACAGUGGUCCACAGCGGCAGAGAGACCAGAUUUCGUUUAUCGUGUACAAAAAGGGGGGGGGGGGUUAAAAAAGUGCAGUGACUCUCGACCGUUACCUUCAACAACCACUGGUGGACUGCCAGACUAAAUGGUGCUGGGGACGCAGCCGCAUCGAGGAAUACUUUUAAUCCAUUUUACCUUUUAAAAUGAAUAAUCGCUUAAAAAAUAUUGCUAAAAUAAAUAAAAGCAACUUGCCAAAUAAACUAUAAAGUACUGUUCGUGUGUCCGUAUGAUAGCAGACAGUCAAAGGUCUGGUUUGCAUUUGAGAUUGCCAGUUCCUGCAGGAAAUGUAGCCAUCACUACCCAGACUACAUCGAUAUUUACAACUAGAGACUAUACUCGUAUUUAUUGUACGCAGGCUUUUAAGUGGUACUUCUAAAUGUUUGGAGUUAUCCUUUGUUAUAUUUAGAAAAAGGGUGUUAGGAGUCAGUGGAUAUCGACACACAUGUAGGUUUUUUUUUUAUGUUUACUGGAACUUGCCUUUGACAGUCCUUCAUUGUUGACCUCCCCCUCUGCUAUUGAUUAUCAGAAAGCCCACUGUAUUGAUUGUACUGUACGUCAUCGGUUAAAUGUAUUCUCUGGAACGGCACUCAUCCAUUAACUGUAUUGUUACAUUGAGGACGUGAUUGUUGUCAUGGUUUCAAUCUUGGUAACAUUUUUACAACUUUCUGAGGGCACAAAUGUUACUCUGAUUUAAAGGUCCUGCUUAGGGAAGACCUCAAAAUCAGUUGUUUAAAUGUUAUUUAUUGACAGAUUGUCCAUACUGCAUAGUUUUUACUAGACCCAUUGAUGUUAAUGAUGAUGGGAAAUAAAGAAAAGAAUCUCACCCAGACGAGACAGCUGACUCGGACACACCGGUCACAUGAAUGUGUUGUUUAUCUCUUCAAGUGGUCGACUGAAAUAGACAUUCAGAUAACCUGAUAAAAAACAUUUGUUAACGAUACUAGUUGCUCUUUUUUCCGACGUUUUAAUAUUAAAUGUGUAAAGAAAUAUUAAUUGAAUUAAAUUGGGCUAACUGAUUAAAAUCCCCCGUCUUAUUUCAGGCUGUUGACUCAAAAACUGUUUUCAAGGACAUACAGUAUCUGCUCCCUGUUGUGUCCUGUUACAUAUAAGUAGAUGAUGACAGAUAAAAGAAACCCGCCAGAUCUGCAGUGUCUGCAUUCGUAAACCAUUUCAGUCACAUGAAACUUUUAAUUUUGUGUGUAUCUAUAAUAGGGGUCAUUGUUUUCUUUCAAAUCAUCUUUCAAGCAGGGUCACUUUUAAACCUUUUGAUUAAGGACAUUUUAUUAUCCUUUGUUUUAGGAUUGUAUAUCAUGUCAUGAAAUGCCUCUAAUGCUUUGUACACCUUGUUGCCAUUCUCUUGUAUAUUACAGUGCGUAAUGAUUAAAUAUUCUCAUUGUCCUCAACUUAACACAUAACUUAUUCAUUCCCUU